AUGCUGCAGCCGCCAGAGUUCCCUCAGGGCGCCCCUGCCACCCCCAGCGAGGUGGAGAGCGAGCGGCUGAAGCAUCUCAAUGAUGUUGAGUCGAAAGACCAGGAGGCUCUUCGCUGCCCUGAGCAGCAAGUGCAGGAGCCGCUUCGCUGCCCUGAUCAGCAAGACCGGGAGGCUCUUUUACAGGUGAUAGUGAGCGAGCUCGGGUUCGACAACGGCCGGCCGGUGGUGGCGUGUGUGACGUACAAGGCGCUGCUGCACUGGCGGUCGUUUGAGGCGGAGCGCACGAGCGUCUUCGACCGCAUCAUCCAGACCAUUGGCGGGGCCAUAGAGAACCAGCAGAGCAAUGAGAGGCUGGCGUAUUGGUUUGCCAACACGAGCUGCCUGCUGUUCCUGCUACAGCGCACGCUCAAGGCGAGCGGGCGGGCGGGGUCGCAGGCGCAGACAAUCCGAUUUGACCGCAUGUCCCAGCAUAUCUCCUCUUUCCAUGCCCCGUGUGCUUGUGCUGCUUCUCCUCCCCUUCGCCCGCCUUUUCCCUCCCCUCACAUCACUCGCACACCUGCAGUCUACUGCUGCGGCGUGAGUGCUGCUCUUUCAGCAACGGAGAGUACUCUGCUGCUGCGUCGUGAGUGCUGCUCUUUCAGCAACGGAGAGUACGUGAAGGCAGGCCUGGGCGAGUUGGACCACUGGCUGGUGAUGCUUGCUGAUCACCUCUUCUAUCUUCCUUCUUAUACCCCCCUCCGGAACCACCUGUGCAGUCUGCUGCUGCGUCGUGAGUGGUGCUCCUUCAGCAAUGGGGAGCACGUGAAGGCAGGGCUGGGCGAGUUGGACCACUGGCUGGUGAUGCUUGCUGAUCACCUCCUCUUCUAUCUUCCUUCUUAUACCCCCCUCCGGAACCACCUGUGCAGUCUACUGCUGCGGCGUGAGUGCUGCUCUUUCAGCAACGGAGAGUACGUGAAGGCAGUAAAUACCAUUUCCCACUCUUACAUCCACAUUUUCCUCUCAUCCUCUCCCCCUCUUCCCCUCUCCUGCUCCUCCCUCCUCCCCCUCUCCCCUUCCACCGUCCCCCCUCCCCACCUCCCCUCCCCCCCCAUCUCCUCAAGUGUGGCGCUACCAGGUGAUUCACCAGAAGCCCACAAAGAGACGGCUGCCCUUUUCCUACCCUUUCAUCCCCCAAACCCUCCCCUCCUCCAUUUUGCGCUAUGUGUUGAACUGCAGGUGAUUCGCCAGAAGCCGACGAAGAGCAUGCAGGAGAUCACAUCAGACCUCUGUCCGGCGCUGAGCAUACAGCAGCUGUACCGAAUCAGCACCAUGUACUGGGAUGACAAGUACGGCACUCACACCGUGUCCUCUGCAGUCAUUUCGGAGAUGCGGCGGCGUAUGAGCAACGAGAACAGCGCUUCUGUCACCAACUCGUUCCUAUUGGACGAUGAUUCCAGCAUCCCCUUUUCUGUGGAGGACAUAUCAAAGAGCACCCACGAGAUAGACCUGCGGUCGCUGCAGCUGCCACCAGCCAUUCGAGACAACAGCACCUUCCAGUUCCUCCUCACUCACUAG